UGUCUCCAAGGUAGCCUCCAAAUGAGACUCUAGACGGACCUCAUAUGAUGAACAAUGAUGGUUAUCGGGCCAUUUCACGAUGGCUUUGAACGAUAUCGUUUUUGCCAGUGGCUCGGUAAAUCUUGAAGCUGCCCGUGAAGUUCUGGCCCCUAUUUUCGAUAUGUAAAGAGCACUUCUCGUGGAUGGUUAUGCCUAACCGAGCAAUAUACAUAGGCCGCUAUGGCCGUAAUGUUAUUAUAAGGUUUGCUGAGAUAUUUCGUGAGGUGUGCUGCGGUAUAGUGCGUACUGACAGAUGUUCGAAAUCAUGAAGCCGAGUCUUUCUUCCAUUGUUGCGGGCGUAUUUCUUUCCGGAGCUAUCGCGCUCAAGCCGAAGGCUCUCCUUUCGGACUCUAUUCAACUCACCCAAGAAGAUAUCGGGGACUUCUCUGCCAUAGAUUUUGGUGAUGAGACUACAGCUUCGCUGGACGAUAGCAGCGUCGACGGCUGUAAAGUCUUCCCGGGCGAUAGCGACUGGCCAUCUGUCGCAGAGUGGGCUCGGUUGAAUAGGACUCUUGGGGGUGCUCUGCUGAGACCAACACCUGCAGCUGCCGCUUGCUACCAAGGACCCGACUAUGAUUUGGAAAGGUGCACGUACUUAUUUAUGAAUGCGUCCCUUUCGCACUUCUGGAUUGACGAGCCACUUGUUUCAUUGACAGAAUGGUCGCAAGGUGGUACUUGCGCGCUCGCCUUGGACCCCCAGGGGAACUGUACACGUGGAGGAUUCCCCGAAUACGUUGUCAAUGCCACGAACGUGAAGCAUAUCCAAGCAGCAGUCAACUUUGCCAGGAACAAGCGCAUCCGGCUAGUAAUUAAAAAUACAGGACAUGAUUUUGGUGGCAGGUCAGUGGGGGCAGGAUCCCUCAGUAUCUGGACACAUCAUCUCAAGGCCAUGGAAUUCAUCCCUUGGUAUAAACUUGGGCCUUAUUGGGGAAAGGCUGCUCAAUUCGGAGCCGGCGUUGAGUCGUGGGAGGAACGGAACCUCAUGGCGGCCUACGGCAUAACUGUAGUCGCGCCCGGCUGGGUCACGGUAGGAGGAAUCGGCGGCUGGAUGAGCUCGGGGGGGCACACGACGAUCACCUCUAAAUUCGGUCUCGGGGCCGAUCAAGUACUUUCUCUUGGUGUCGUAACUGCUUCCGGCCGAUUCGUAACAGCUGAUCCGUAUACUAACCCCGAUCUUUUCUUUGCAUUACGCGGCGGCGGCGGAGGAACCUAUGGGGUAGUGACUUCGGCUAUCUUAAAAGCGCAUCCGCCAGUUUACUUGACGUCGACGUCGUUAAGUCUCACCCUUUUGGAGCCAAGGAAUAUGACAUCCCCUAUUCCCGGCGUACUCACUGAUGCCGAGAAGUUCUGGCAGGGGGUCAGCGCUUACUAUAGAUUCGCCGCCAAGAUAUUGGAUGCUGGUGGUUACUGUUUCAGCUACAUCUAUCCCCUUCCGAACAACAGUUACAGUUUUGUAACCAGCUCGGACUUCACUGACGCCACGGCAGCGGCAGUCUACAAGUUCAUGCAGCCAUUAUACGAUGACCUGCACGGUCUUGGUAUCAACGUCACUAACCCAGUGCUUCUCUUCACCAACCUCUACGGGCUGCCGAGUUUAGGAAUCGGGUCCCCGCCAGGCAACACCAGAUACAGGUCGCGGCUACUCCCGCGCGAGAACUGGGAGGACGACGAGCUAUGGAACAAGACGAUGAAGGCGAUACGGACGGCCACGGAAGGGGGCUACGAGCGGGGCUACUACUUCCACGGGACGAUGACCUCGCCGACGGAAGAAGUCGCAGGGUGGCCCGGCGCCGAAAACUCGGUCAACCCGGCGUGGCGCAAAAACCGCAUGCACGCGAUGCUGAUGGACCAGACGCCGGACCAGUCGACGGAGCGCGACGCGAUGAUGCAGGGGUACACGGACCUGCUCCGCGAGGUAUCGCCGGGCGCCGGGUCGUACAUGAACGAAGGAGACCCGGGCGAGCCGAACUGGCAGCAGGCGUUCUACGGAAACCACUACGCGCGCCUGCUACGGAUAAAGCAGCAGCGCGACCCGUGGGGGUUGUUCUGGGCGCCGACGACAGUCGGGAGCGAGGGCUGGGCGGUCCAGGCCGUGGGGUAUGCCGGAUCGCAGAAUGGGAGGUUAUGUCGCGUUGAGCAGGUGGGGGGUGGAAAGGAAUCGUGACCCUUUGUAUUUGCAUAGGUACCUAGGUUAGGUAGUUACAUACUGUUUUUUUAUUGUUUUGUUUUAUUACCAAGUUGAUUGGAAGUGGUGGCACUACGUACAAGACAAGUCAAGUCAAGUCAAGUCAUUUACCGUGCAGAGCCCUGAUCUAACCCCUUAAUCAGGGGUUACAAUAAGUGGGGGGAGACAACAACAUAUCAAAAUCACCAAUUCCCAACUCGU